UUUCCCUCAUUUUCCCCCCAGAAAAGAUGAAAAGAUCACGAGAGGUGACAAAUGUUGGGGCUCCCAGUCGUUUUUCAUCUUCCACCGACCAUUGGCUAUUAUGGCCAUGAGGAGGUCACACCAUCUCCUCUUGAGGAGCAUCUUGUGCAAAGUGCUAUCAUUCUUGUGUGGAAAUCCUUGGAAUUAUUGAAGUAUUCGGCAAAAAGCAGAAGAGGAUAUUGCACGGUAAAGACGGAAGUUUCAUUUGAGUCUUCCUGGAGAUGGGUGUUUGAAGAUCAGCUGAAAAUGGUCAUUGAGAUGUCUUUUUGCGAAGCACACGCAGUUUUGUCGCGAGACAGAAAUGUGCGCAAAUUGUCAAGAUGCCAAUGGAGAGCUGAGGAUCUCAUGCUGAGAGGUGGCUUGAGGCCCCAAAGAGGGUGAUGGGGACCUGCGUGCCUCUAUUUUUGUCCCAACAAUCACCAUCUUCGGGAUAAUUAAUUCUCCUAUGUGAUCUCAACAAUUAAAGACGAUUGUCGGUUGCCCCGACACACUCAUUCACUAUCUCAUGUGAAGAGCCCUGGGAUUGUGUCUCUGGCGCAUCGCGAACUCUAUUUUUGCAUCCCAACAUGCAUCUCUGCAACCUUCAUGUCGACAGUGCCCUAAGCUGGUGAAUGUGAGACCGGAUUCUCUGUUGGGUCCAGUGAUUUUGGUCAGUAUGAUGAAUGCUGUUUGUGUCCUUAUCAUUUUGGUCGGUUCAAUUAAUGGGCAAUUGCUGGCUCCAAAUAGUCAUCAGAAUGUUAUAAGUCGUACGAGUGGGAAUUUGCUGAGGAAUAUCACAGGAACGCAGAUAUACAAAGAUACCAUUGUGACCAGUCCAUUGGACGCUUCACUGCCCAUUAGAAUGUUCUAUCGAGGUUUCCGGGAGGUAUACAGUCGCCUCCUUGGGGAAACUGGUCAGAGGGAUUCCGGAGAUUCUUUCCAGCGUCAUGUUGCCCCGUCGAAAGCUUUCCCAUGUCCUCUGGAUGGUUUCCGGAGUCCCAGCCCGCCAGAGAGUGUUCAUCAGCUGCGUCCAGGUGAUAUUGAUAUAAUAGCAGCAGUUGGGGAUUCUCUAACAACAGCCACUGCUGCCAAUUCGAGAGCAUUGUGGGAGGUGAUGGUGGAGAAUAGGGGAGUGUCGUGGUCAAUUGGGGGUCAAGGGACAUGGCGCACACAUCUGACACUCCCUAACAUCAUCAAGGAGUUCAAUUCCCAUCUCUUUGGGUAUUCUCUCAGUGAUUCGUACAAUGUACACCGGAAGGCUCAGUUCAAUGUGGCUGAAAAUAUUGCCACAACGAGCGAUAUGCCGUACAAUGCAAAAAAACUGGUCAGACGCAUGAGGCUGGACUCCAGAGUCAACAUGACGCAUCACUGGAAGAUCCUUACUUACAUGAUUGGCGGAAAUGACUUCUGCUCAGAUGUAUGCUAUCAGACAAAUGCCACGCAAUGGAUUAAUGAGAUGCAGGAGAAAUAUCUGAUAGAAUCUCUGAGGUAUUUGAGGGACAAUCUCCCACGGACUCUUGUAAAUCUGGUCCCAUCCCCUUUGAUCAGUCUGUCUUUCUCAAUGGAUCGCGUUCAAACUCCUUUUUCUUGCUCCCUGACCCGUCCAAUUGAGUGCUCUUGCCUGUUUGGACCCUCUUAUUCACGAGACAGGAAGCUCUUUAGAUCCCUGGAGAGGAAGUUUGUCAAAAUCAUGGAGAGAGUGAGCUUCCUGGCAGAACUUCACACCAAGGACUUUACUGUGGUCUAUCAACCAUUCUUCAAGGAUGCUUCUGUGUUCUACCGAGGAUCCAAACAAUCCGAUAUGAACCUAAUGUCCAUUGAUUGUGUCCAUUUGAGUCAAAAAGGUCAUGCUGUAAGUGCAAAUGGACUGUGGAACAAUAUGAUGGAACCCGUAGGGCAGAAAUCAUCAGGAUUUACCCCUCUGUUCCAGGACUUCAAAUGCCCAACCACUCAGAAACCUUUUAUAUUUACAAACGCCAAUAGUUGAUGUUGAACUUAUCAUUAAGAUUUGUUUUUUAUUGCAUAUUUACAAAAAAAAAUACAUUGGAUUAUGUACAAUCAAGUCUU